UUUUUGUGGAUAUUGGCAGUUAACCAAAACAGAGACGACUCAUCUAGCAGAAACGGAGAAGUAAAAUUAAUCUCCGAUGAAGCUAAAAACGCUACUACUGUCGACAUACCGACAAUAGACUACCUCGAGUUUAGCAGAGAAGAACAAAACUUAACAUGGUUUAGCAUUAGCACAAUCGAAAAUGCAACCGGAAAUUUCGAUACCGAAAACAAGCUCGGUGAGGGUGGUUUUGGACCAGUUUACAAGGGCAAUCUGCCGAACGGUCAAGAAAUUGCAGUCAAACGACUCUCGAAAAGAUCGGCUCAAGGAGUUAAAGAAUUCAAGAAUGAAGUAACACUAAUAUCCCGUGUUCAACACAGAAAUCUCGUUAGACUUUUGGGCUAUUGUAUCCAAGGAGAAGAAGAAUACAUCCUGGUUUACGAGUAUUUGCCCAACAGAAGUUUGGAUUCUUUCAUCUUCGAUGUACAUAAGCAGAAAUUACUCGACUGGAAAACGCGAAUUAAAAUAAUCGAAGGAAUUGCUCAAGGUGUACUGUAUCUGCACAAAUACUCUCGGCUGAGGAUUAUACACCGCGACCUUAAAACGAGCAAUAUCCUGUUAGAUGGUGAUAUGAACCCUAAAGUGUCCGAUUUUGGGAUGGCCAGAAUUUUCGGGGAGGAUAACGAAACUCGAGCAAAGACUACUAAAAUCGCUGGCACAUAUGGCUACAUGUCACCGGAAUACGCAAUGGACGGGCAUUUUUCCGAGAAAUCGGACGUGUUUAGCUUUGGGAUUAUUGUGCUAGAGAUAAUUAGUGGCAAACGGAAUAUUUCUUUCUUCGAGUCGGAUCAUUCUCUUAAUCUUCUCGGCUAUGUAAGAACCGUAAACUAUACUUAUAUGUAUCGAUUCAUCGAAAGGUAUGCAUGGAAGCUAUGGAAAGAGGAAAAAAGCGACGAGUUCUUUGAUUCAAAUUUGGCUAACUCGUGUACGAUAACUGAAGCUGCACAAUACGUUCAGUUAGGGUUACUAUGCGUGCAGGAACGAGCGGCGGAUCGACCGACUAUGUUGGAUGUGGUAACCAUGGUUAGAACUGAUGCAUCAGCUUCUCUUCCUCAACCUAAAGAACCUGCUUUUUUGAGCUAA